AUGAGACGCAUUUGGAGAGCUCGCGGAGCGCUGAGACCAGAGCUGGGAUGCCCGGGUUCUGGAGGGCCCCAGUCCCGGUCUCGAUUCCAGUCCUGGUCUGUGUCUUUGUUUUGUGGUGCGCGGAGUUCCAGCCGCGGGAUCUACAUUAGAGAGACGAUGGAGGAGGAGGAGGCAGUGGUUUCCCUUGUGGAUGUCCUGCAGGAAGAUGAAGAGCUGGAAGAAGAGGCCAGUGCAGUGUUAGCAGCAAGUGACGCUGACCACUGUUCAUACAGCCAGGGUUACGUGAAGCGCCAGGCCCUGUAUGCGUGUGGGACAUGCUGUCCUUCAGGGGGCGCUGCAGCAGGAGUGUGUUUGGCCUGUUCUUACAAAUGUCACGAAGGACACCAGUUGUACGAGCUCUACACCAAGAGGAACUUUCGCUGCGACUGUGGAAACUCCAAGUUUAAGGACUUUUCCUGCAAACUGAACCCUGACAAACAGGAAGUGAACUCUGCCAACAAAUACAGCCACAACUUCUAUGGACUUUACUGCACCUGCAGCCGACCGUAUCCAGACCCAGAGGACCAGGUUGAAGACCAGAUGAUCCAGUGUGUACUGUGUGAAGACUGGCUUCAUGGACGGCACUUGGGGGCACCGGUCCCAGAGUCUGUGGAGAUCCACGAGAUGAUCUGUGAGUCCUGCAUGAAUCAGAACCUGUUCCUCUGGACCUACGCCAACCACUACGCAGAAUAUGAAAUUAAAUCUGAUCCGGAUCAGACAGAGGAUCCAGAGGAGGACUCUGAGGACACUGAGCCUAGAGGCAAACGAGCUCGCUGUGACGGGGCGGAGCUGAAAGAGGAGGAGCCCAAAGGGGCGGAGCUUAAACAGGAGGAGGCCAAAGGGGUAGAGCUUAAACAGGAGAAGCCAAAAGGAGCAGAGCUUAAACAGGAAGUGUCUGAAGGGGCGGGGCUUAAACAGGAGGAUCCUAAAGGGCCGUGUCGACUGAAGAAGCUGCAGGUGAUUGGACAGAGCAGGCGCCAAUCAGGAGCCACAUUCUGGCCCUCGGGCUGGAGGUCCCGCCUCUGCACAUGCUCAGACUGUCAGAAGCUGCUGUCGGAGGCGGGAGCUCUCUUCCUAUUGGACGAAGGAGACACGGUUCUGGCCUAUGAGACGAAGGGGAGGAGUCUAGAACGGACCAAUCAGAGCACAGACCCUCUAAUGUCGGCACUAGACCGACUGAACCGAGUCCAACAGCUGGAACUGAUCCAUGGAUACAACGACCUGAAGACAGAGCUGAAGGAUUUCCUCCAGACCUUCGCCUCCGAGGGAAAGGUCGUGACCCCUGACGACAUCAGACAAUUCUUCGAGCAACAACAGAACCGCAAACGACGACGAGCAAAUGUUCAGAUUUGA